AGGCACAUGGCGUCCAUUCAACCAGAGCACACGGUGUACAGCGGACCAAAGGCGCCGAGCCCCAAGCGAAUCACACUGCGGUCCAUUCGCAGCAAAUACUCCAAGGGGGAGCCCAUCACCAUGGUUACUGCAUAUGACUACCCUUCCGCAGUCCAUGUUGACACGGCGGGGAUUGACAUCCUGCUGGUGGGGGACAGCGUGGCCAUGGUGGUGCAUGGCCACGACACCACGCUGCCAGUCACGCUGGACGAGAUGCUCAUGCACUGCAAGGCAGUCUCGCGCGGCUCCCAGAGAGCAUUCCUGGUGGGCGAUCUUCCGUUUGGCUCGUAUGAGACCUCGGCGGAGCAGGCGGUGCGGUCAGCGGUGCGCAUGAUGAAGGAGGGCCUCAUGGACGCUGUCAAGCUGGAGGGAGGCGGAGGUGCUAGGGUGGUUGCCGCGAAGGCAAUAGUGUCGACUGGGGUGGCGGUCAUGGGUCAUGUGGGGCUCAUGCCGCAGUCCAUCAGCGUCCUGGGGGGCUUCCGACCGCACGGCCAGACCGCGCGCGAGGCCGUCCGCGUUCUGCGCGAAGCCAGGGAUCUGCAGGAGGCGGGCUGUUUUGCCGUGGUGCUGGAGUGUGUGCCGCCGGUUGUGGCAGCUGCGCUGACGCGCGAGCUCUCCAUACCCACCAUCGGCAUCGGCGCCGGGCCCUACUGCAGCGGCCAGGUGCUGGUUUACCACGACCUGCUGGGCAUGAUGCAGCACCCACACCACGCCAAGGUGACGCCCAAGUUCUGCAAGCAGUACGCGGCCGUCGGCGCCAUCAUCCAGGAUGCCCUGCAGCAGUACCAUGCAGAGGUGACGCAGCGGCAGUUCCCGGGGCCCAAGCACUCGCCGUAUGUGAUAGAGGACCGGGAGGUGGAGGAGAUGGAGCGCAUGCUUCGCGACGAGGGCUUCCAUGCCGCGGCCGACGCCAUCGAGGAGCAGGUGCACGGCCACCGCGUCACACCCAUCAGCGACUGACCGCGCCGUCCGGUGAUCGUAUGGGUGGCAGACUGCAUGGAUCUCUGCAUGCGCACCAGUUACUGGCGGGGCCCUGAUCGCUUGGGUGACAGACCGCAUGGGUCCUGCAUGCGUGCCGGGCGGUGGUGGUAUGGGUGACAAACUGCCUGGAGAUCAGCAUGCGUACCAGGGGUUGGCGCAGGUUGAGCCCUUGCGGGAGCUGAUGACACACCCUCCAUGCGGAGUGUCAAGUGCCUCCCAUUCGCCAAGGUAUACUUUUUCAGCAAUUUACAGUACCAGUAGAUCAAUGUAGCAUCCCCAGAAGUAUGGUGCAGUGCAUGCCUCAAGACCUGCCAAGCGGCAAGUGCUUAUGCUAUUGAGAAGACGCAUUUCAUUCUGUUUUGAGCUUUUUCGUGGCCAGACAUGCUGUGCAAAUGGAGCUUGAAUACCCGGACUCAGUAGAAUUGGGGCUUCGCAAGGCUUGAAAAUUAUUGACAUGGACUUGAAGCCGAAGAAAUGCCCAAGCGCAUUAGGAGAAGCAUUUUACGAUAGUCCAAGCUCAAGCUAGCUGGAAGACAGCAGAGAAGAGUAAAUCAAGCACCGUGCC